AUGUCUUCUGACCUGAAUUCAAUAGCAGAACUGCCACAAGAAGCAGUGGUAUUGGUGCUUCAGCUUCUGGCACGGACAUUCUCUUACGGUAUAUUUGCAUUCACCACCCUCGUUAAUUUUCCAAAGACUAGUAGUUCCCUGGUCAAAAUGGUUGAUAAAGAUCUUUCCAGUCACAUGGCAAGAUGGAAAAAUAGACGAGAAUUGAUCAAUAAUUAUGUUGGUCGAAUCGAACAACUUUCAAAUCAUGAAGAAAUGAUGGUGGUGUUCAACAAUCUUUGGGACUUUGUUCGGCCUCAAAUCAUCAACUUGUUGGAUGAAGUCAAGGCUUUCAAUUCAAGUAAUGGCGGGCCAUACAAUGACAUCAAAACCCACCUUUAUCAAGCGUUAUUUACCGAUUCCAACUGCGUUACAAUACUCAAGUUCCUUGCCGAGGAAUCUCUUGUUGAUUUACUCUCAUCUCUCACCCCUCAAACCUUGGACCGUUUCCAUAUUCCAGAUUCAUUCGAACUUACUCAAAAAACUGUGUUGCAAGUCAAUGGUGCCAUUGAAAGCACUGGCAACAUUCAUAAGCUAGAUCGAAGCGCCCACUCAGAUGAAGCCCUGCAAAAGCGGACAAUUAAAUGUUUUGAACUUGCCAUAGAUAAAGAAAUUGCGUUCGAUCCAAAAGAAGACCCCAAGCUCCUUGCUAAUAUUAUAUUGAGUAGAAUAUCCAAGAAUGAACAGGGAGAUAGUCCGAAUUCAUUCGACGAUGAACAGUGCCGUAUUCUUGACUUUCAACAACUUUUCACGUUCCACUGUUCGUCGGUCUAUAUCGUCUAUGACUUGGCCGUUAAGUCCAUGACUUUAACAAUUGAGAAAGUAAAGUAUUACGUCCCUAACACUCGGCAUCCCGUUUAUCUGCAGAUUGGAUCUCUUGUACAACUCAGAGAUAGGACAUUUCCAUCGUGGUUAGACGGUGAAACGUUGAUAGAAGAUCUAGUGCUGAAGGGCACGAUUGGCUUAAGUCAAUGGGACAGUGUGUUUAUGUGCAUUUCAUUUGUACAGAAGUUUACAGGGCUGUUGCGACUAUACUCAGGGAUACACAACAAAGCGUUGCAAGAUCUCCUGAAAACCCCUCGAUCGAUUCCUGAUUUAUCUCUUCUCAAAGAAGAAGAUCAUUUUGUGAAAGUUUUGGAGCAGUAUCGAGAACAAUUGUGUGACCUUGUGCUGUUAAUAACUCAAACCGCACAUCCCAAGUUACCACUGGAGGUCAAUAUAGAUUUGGCUCAAUUGGAAGAAUUGGAUUUAACCAUCAAAGACACUUACUAUACGUUGGCUUACUUUGACCAGCGAUUCGGAUAUGAGUUUGAAAUUAUGGAGACGAUGUUGGGACGGGAAAUCGAAAUGUUCAUAACUAGUUGA